AUGAGAAUGUUGCCCUCCGGGGUCGAGCCACUCAGUCCUCAAUCUACCGGAGCCAAGGUGAAGGUUAUCUGACCAAUGCCAUAAAUGCAAUAGAUGGGAACCAGGACUCAGCCUUCUCACACGGUUCCUGUUCAUGUACAAACAAAGACCCGUCUCCCUGGUGGAGGGUGGACCUGCUGAAAACGUAUAAAGUUUCCUACAUCACCAUCACCAAUAGAGGAGACUGCUGUGGUGAGAGACUGAGCGGAGCAGAAAUUCUCGUUGGAGACUCUCUGACCAACAACGGAAAUGACAAUCCCAGGUGUGCAACAGUGACCUCAAUUCCAACUGGAGGAACACAGACCUUUAGGUGUGACGGCAUUGUUGGUCGCUACGUCAAUAUCAUUUUAUGAGGAAAAUCCGAAUUUCUUCAGCUGUGUGAAGUCCAGGUUUUCGGUGAAUACACGUACAACUGUCUCAACUAA